AUGGCCAAAAAAAUAUUGCUCGUGAAUGGGCCUAACCUAAAUUUGCUUGGGUCAAGAGAGCCUGAAAAAUACGGCACAACCACACUAGCCGAUAUUGAGGCAGAGGGUCAAGCCCAGGUGUCUAAAUACGAAGGCGCUGAGCUUUUUACGUAUCAAAACAACACUGAAGGUUUUAUCGUAGACAGAAUACAUGAGGCUAAGAAACAAGGUGUUAAGUUUAUCAUUAUCAAUGCCGGGGCAUACACACAUACGUCCGUGGCAAUUCGCGAUGCGUUGUUAGGUACAGAUAUUCCAUUUAUCGAGGUUCAUAUUACAAACGUCCAUCAGAGAGAACCCUUCAGACAUCACCUGUAUCUUCUGGAUAAGGCAAUUGCAGUUAUUGCUGGCUUGGGUGUUUAUGGAUACACGGCUGCCCUUGAGUAUGCCUUGAACUACUGA